AUGUCAGGCCGAGCCAGGACCCGAGCCCGAGGCAGAACCCGUGGUCAGACGCCCUCUCAACCCGUGCCACCUGAAGCCACUGUGCCACCUGGAGCCACAGCGCCGCCAGCUCAGCAAGCUGGCCAAACUCCGCCUAGCCCCUCGCCCCUGCAAGUGAGGAGCCAAGUGGUUCAGCCUGCACAACGAAGAAGACCAAGAAGAGCACCUCAGGCUCCAGAGGAAACUCAGCUGGUGGCUACAGUCCAGGCAGCGUCGUUGAAGGAGAGAAACCAUUUUGGGGGCAUCUUUCGAGACCAUGUGGUGGAUACCCGACAGUACUUGGACCACGUGAGAGAGUCCACGGCAGGCACACGGGGUAGACUUGUGAAGCUAUUUGCAAACCAUUUCCGAGUGACAUCUCGCCCCCAGCAGAUCACCUGUAAGUACAAUAUUGACUACAUGCCAGACAUUGAGGACAGACAAGUUCGUUCAGAACUGCUUCUGUAGCAUAAAGCGAUAAUCGGAAAGUGUUAUAUAUUUGAUGGAACUUCUUUGUUAUUACCUCACAAACUAUGAUCACCAAAAAUGGAAUUGGUCAGCCUGCUGAAAAAACAGGUUGUGAAGGUGACCAUUGAAUUCACCAGCGAACUCAUGCCCACCUCACCAGACUGUUUACGUUAUUACAACAUUCUCUUUAGAAGAAUUUUGAAGAUGAUGGAGUUGGAGCAAGUUGGUCGCAACUAUUACAACAAGCGAGAGGCCAUGGAGUUCCAUAAUCACAAGCUGGUCAUCUGGCCUGGAUAUGUUACUUCUAUUCUUGAGUAUGAAACCAGCAUUACCCUCUGUGCUGACGUGAACCAUAAACUGUUCCGAAUGCAAACAGCCUAUGAUUUAAUAUCGGAUAUUCGUGAUGGCUUCCCCACAAAGCAAGAGCUUCAGGAGCAAGUUUCUAAACGACUAGUCGGAUCAGUUGUUUCUACGAUGUAUAACAACAAAACCUAUAGGGUGGAUGCUAUUAAUUGGGAGGAAACUCCCAGAACUACAUUUAAAACCUCAGAUAGAGGGGCGCCUGGGCUUCAAGUAAGUCAUUCAGUCCAAUCCUAUACAACCACCUUAGAAAACCACGCAUCCUCCAAAACACAGAUGGUUGUUUGCGUGUUGUCCAGUGAAAAAGAGCUGUAUGAUAGCAUAAAACAAUACCUGUGUGUCAGUUGCCCAAUCCCAAGCCAGUGUGUCAUCACACGGACCUUAGACAAACCCCAGAUGCUGCUGACCAUUGCGACAAAUAUUGCCCAGCAGAUGAACUGCAAGAUAGGAGGAGCCCUCUGGAAGGUGGAGACAGAAUUGCAGAAUGCGAUGUUCAUUGGUAUUGACUGUUUCCACGAUACUGUAAAUCGGCAGAAGUCAAUUGCAGGCUUUGUGUCCAGCAUCAAUCAGGAAUUGACACAGUGA